AUGAGCACUUGGCUAACCAUCUUGGCCUUUCUCCCAAUCGUCAUCAUUGGAUACCUCCUGUGGUGCGUUGCCAGGCCGGUUUUUUUCCCCGCCGUUCUAGCAUAUCGGCAUCGGGUUCCCUUUGAGGAUUUUGGAGAAGGACCGCUGUCAACCAAGACCUUUCUGUUGCUGUUCACUUCGUGCCUGAAUGCUCUGGGCGCCGGCUUCAAACUUGGAACAAACUUUGAUGCACGUCCAAUGGACCACCCAACUUGGUACCACAGCCGCGCCGCCUUCUACGUCUUCAACUUCACCAUCGAUACUAUCAUCUUGUACGCUUACUUCGUUUUCCGAAUUGACAAGAUCUUUUGGGUACCAAACGGGGCCAAGGGGCCAGGCGAGUAUAACCCAAGGCCGAACGCGGUAAGGCCGAACGCGGUCAGGCCGAACGUGGCAAGGCCGAACCCGGCGAGGCCAAGGAAUGAAGCGCAGCCAGAACCCGCAGGCGAAGGAAUACCAUUGGAAGAUUUUGGAGAGGGACAAAAUGGCCACCAACCUGUGCGUGCAGCGGACCGUGAUGCGGAGCGUGAAGCCGAAAACCAGCCAGCUGUACCAGCACCCGAUGCUCCUGGUACUCCCAAGCCACCCGAGCACGUUCUAUCUUCUACUUUCCUCGCGGGAUCAUCCACUUCGGUGCCUCAGUCCUCCACGUCUGAGGGCGGGGCGCAGGCUUUAUCCUCUGGGAUCAGACCACCGCCACCUUCUUUUACAUAUUCCGGAGCCAAUAGUACUACUGGACUUUUAUCCAAUCCAGCGCAGCCGUCUUCUUCGUUUGUAAAUGAGAGAGGUACGGGUGCUGCUACCGCCGGGACGGCUGGCAAUACUGGCAACAACUAUGCAACCAGUGGAUGGACAGAACCGUCGCGUCUUCGAGAAGAACCCAGCGCCGUAAUAGAAGGUGAAGGAGAUGGCAGAAGUGAUUCUUCGACCCAACCGAGUGUCAGACCAGCCAGCAGCGUAUACUCCACUGACAACCGAUACUCCACUGACAACCGAUACUCCACCGACGCUGAACAUCUAACAUUACCGGAGCAGCCACCCUGGCUCGGAGACUUUCUGAGGGAGUCACUUGCACGUUUGGACGAACCGGGCGGUGACGAACAGCGGGACAGACACGUACAAGAUCAUGGCAAUAGGGAACGUGAUACACCCACAGGAACGGAGGAUAGUCCACGGGAGGGGUAAGUGCUGAGGAGCGGGGACUGAAACAAACGGAAUGUAGAAGGGGAUUUGGUGGGAUUGAUAUUGUUUUCUCUUUUGGUAUCAUCAGCGACUUUUGGUUUUGUUUUUUUCUAUGAAAUAGGAUGAUAGGAAACAGGCAUAGACAUAACAGCGUUUGGGAUUACUUGACAGAACUUUGAUGGAAAAAAUUGGUAAUUG